AUGGCAAAAUAUCUUUUUAGUCAAUUUCAAUUUUUUGAACAUUUAACGCUUAUUUUAGAAAUUGAAAAUUUCACAACUACGAACAAAUCAAGACUAAUUGUUCUGUUAAUCAAAUUUAUAAUAUCACUUAAAAUGCUCUACACAACCUCUCUAAUGAAGUUUAUACCACAGACACCGAAUAAAGUGGAAAAUGAUAAAUUUAUAUUUUCUUCUACACCAGAAAUAUCACGUGAAACAAAUCGUAGUCGUGACUUUUUCGGUUUAGUGAAAAAACGUUCAGCUCAAGAAAAAGAUGUUUGUGCCCGUCACAAACUGUAUCAUCAUAAUCCACGAUGUCAUCAUCAUCAAUGUUAUGAACAACAGAAUGGUAACGAAUAUCACAGUCGUCUGUAUAAAGAAUGUUAUCCUGGUUGCGGAUUCCUUAGAGGAAGUACAUCUAAGUCUUCCUCAGUCAUCAGAAAAACCAUGAGUAAACAACUUUCCUUACCAGUUGAAAGUGCAGUUCGAGACAAAUCUCCCUAUUCUUCUAAUAGGAGCAUACAAACAAGAUCUUACUUGGGUGAGGAUUUUAACGUUCAAUCCAACUUAUAUAGUGAAGCAACACACUCAAAUAUUAACAUACAUGAAUCAAACAAAAGUACUACAAGGCCUGCAUCUUGGUUUGUACCUGAGUAUUCAUCAGAUUCUCAUUCAGAACUAAAAGGUGUAUUACAAAGACCAUUAAGUCAUGCAAAAACUAUUGGAGACAUUGAUAUGGAUCCUGCUUCAGAUGUACAAUGUUCACCGAGUCCUAUUCCACUGGGAAGCUCAAAGAGGAAAUAUUUUGAUGAGGAGGAUAUGAGUAACUUAUUCGGUGACGUGAGUAAAGAUACUUUUAAAGACCGAUUACUUUAUUUUCCUACAAUAGGCAAUAGAAUGUUGUUGAAAAACCCUUCAAAGCUCCUUCUUUAUCCAAAUAUAGAUCAAACAAAUGAGAUGGCAAAGUAUAACAGUACUGGUGGGAUUGAUGCUAAAAGUGUAAUGCCUAAGAAAGAACUGAAGUUUGCUGUGCCUCAAUUUCUAAUGCCUAUUCUCUGCCGUCGUUCGUCAUCACAGAUAGUAAGUGUGAGAAAGCUACCUGAUAGGACAUUUAACCUUGAAAAUAAACUACCGAAAAGAAGAAAAACUAUUAAAGAACGUUUUCAACGAUUACAAAGUGAUCUUGACAGCGGCAGAUUUUGGUAUAAACUAAACAGACGCCACACAGGUAAAGAGAGUAAACCUUUUUCAACGGGAAGAUCUCGAUCAAGUAUCCUUAUAUCAGUGCAUGAUCGAGAUACUGGGGACUCUAACUCACGAUCCAGUAAUACAUCUUGUGAUGACUGCCGAAGAGUUACCAUCAACGUGAGUGGUCUGAAGUUUGAAACAUGGCUCACUGUACUUGAACGUCAUCCAACAACACUACUGGGGGAUUAUAACAAAAGAAAACCAUUUUAUGAUGAGUAUCGUAAGGAAUACUUUUUUGAUAGACAUAGACCAAGUUUUGAAGCUAUCUUCAACUAUUAUCAAUAUGGUGGUCGUUUGAAACGUCCAGCUACAGUGUCUGAUGAUGUGUUUCUUACAGAGUUGGAAUUCUUUCAGAUAGAAUCUGAAGCAUUAGAUAUAUAUAAAAAAAAUGAAGGUUAUGUACCAGAUAUUAUAAUUUUACCAGAGAACCAUUUUAAACGGAAGUUGUGGAUGUUAUUUGAAUAUCCAGAGACAUCAGUAUUGGCUUUCACCUUCUCGAUUGCAUCAGUCAUUUUCACUGUGAUUUCAAUUAUAUUGUUUUGUAUAGAAACAUUGCCUGUAUAUGCUCAAACACAUUGUGAACCUGGAGCUAAACCAAAUUUUCGUGAUCCAUUUUUUAUCAUUGAAACAUUAUGCACAUUCUGGUUUACAUUGGAAAUUUUUGUACGUUUUAUUAGUUGUCCAAGUAAGAAAGUAUUUAUAAAAGAUAUUAAAAAUUUAAUUGAUUUAGCCGCUAUUGUACCAUACUAUAUAACAUUAUUCAAUGUUUUAAUAUCAUUCAGUUGUGAAGGUGCAAAAAAUAGUGCCAGCUUAGCAUUUUUACGUGUUAUACGAUUGAUAAGAGUAUUUAAACUAACAAAACAUUCAUCUGGAUUACAAGUACUUGUUUUAACAUUUAAAGAAAGUAUAGAAGGUUUAAGUUUAUUUCUUGUUGCUUUUAUUGUUUGUAUAUUAGUUUUUUCAAGUACAAUCUAUUAUGUUGAGAUUGAUAGAAAAGGUUCACAAAUUGAAAGUAUACCAGAUGCAUUUUGGUGGGCUGUAAUUACAAUGUGUACUGUUGGUUAUGGAGAUAAAGUACCAAAAGGGCCAUUAGGUAAAGUGGUUGGAAGUGUUUGUGCUGUUGCUGGAGUACUUACACUUGCUAUACCAGUACCUAUUAUUACAGAAAAUUUCAAUAAAUUUUAUGCACAUAAAACUGGUCGAGGAAGAAGAUAA